CCAGCGACCGAGCGGGGCCCGGCCCGAGCGGGACCUGGGGGUGCGACGCCGAGGGCGGGGGAGCGCGCGCCUCUGCUCCGGAUCGGGCCGCGCGCGCCGCCUCAGAUCCUUGCUUUCUCAGAUGCUGAUUUGUGGAAGAUGAGCUUAAAACGGUUGUGUUCCUGCAAAGUGGCAAGGAUUUGGAUACAUCUGAAUAAAGGAACCAUCACCAUUGCAGGAACCUGACAGAAUCCAAGCCAUUUACUAGAGCAUCUCUCAUUGCAGCCUCACCAUCGUAAUAUACCAGGAACUUUCAAGUGUGGCGGUGUCUCAGCUGCAACCAUGGGGUCUGAGGAUCAUGGGGCCCAGAACCCCAGUUGUAAAAUCAUGACAUUUCGCCCAACUAUGGAAGAAUUUAAGGACUUCAACAAAUACGUGGCCUACAUCGAGUCCCAGGGAGCCCACCGGGCAGGCCUGGCCAAGAUCAUUCCCCCGAAGGAGUGGAAGCCACGGCAGACGUACGAUGACAUCGAUGACGUGGUCAUCCCAGCCCCCAUCCAGCAGGUGGUGACGGGCCAGUCAGGCCUCUUCACACAGUACAACAUCCAGAAGAAGGCCAUGACGGUCGGGGAGUACCGCCGCCUGGCCAACAGCGAGAAAUACUGCACUCCUCGGCACCAAGACUUCGACGACCUGGAACGCAAGUACUGGAAGAACCUCACCUUCGUCUCUCCCAUUUAUGGUGCCGACAUCAGUGGCUCCUUGUACGAUGAUGACGUGGCCCAGUGGAACAUCGGGAACCUUCGGACCAUCCUGGACAUGGUGGAACGUGAGUGCGGCACCAUCAUUGAGGGUGUCAACACCCCCUACCUGUACUUCGGCAUGUGGAAGACCACCUUCGCCUGGCACACGGAGGACAUGGACCUGUACAGCAUCAACUACCUGCACUUUGGGGAGCCCAAGUCAUGGUACGCCAUCCCACCGGAGCAUGGCAAGCGCCUGGAGCGACUGGCAAUUGGGUUCUUCCCCGGGAGCUCCCAGGGCUGUGACGCCUUCCUUCGGCACAAGAUGACCCUCAUCUCACCCAUCAUCCUCAAGAAGUAUGGGAUCCCAUUCAGCCGGAUCACGCAGGAAGCUGGGGAGUUCAUGAUCACCUUUCCUUACGGCUACCAUGCUGGCUUCAACCACGGAUUCAAUUGUGCUGAGUCGACCAAUUUUGCUACCUUGCGAUGGAUUGAUUACGGCAAGGUGGCCACUCAGUGCACGUGCCGGAAGGACAUGGUCAAGAUCUCCAUGGACGUCUUUGUGCGUAUCCUGCAGCCAGAGCGCUAUGAGCUGUGGAAGCAAGGCAAGGACUUCACGGUGCUCGACCACACCAGGCCCACGGCCCUGAGCAGCCCUGAGCUCAGCACCUGGAGCACCUCCCGGGCCUCACUCAAGGCAAAGCUCCUCCGAAGACAAAUUAGUCUGAAAGAAAGCAGACACUGGAAAAAGACUGAGGAGGAGAGGAAACCAAAUCUAGAGAGGAAGAAAGAGCAGAGCAAAAAGCCGGGCCUGUCGUCUCACCGGAAACGCAGUCAGCCCAAGAAGCCCAAGCCAGAAGACCCCAAGUUGCCCGGGGAGGGGGCGGCUGGGACGGCUCCUCCCGAGGAGACCAGUGGUAGUGCGAAAGAGGAGACUGCACAGGAGGCGGAUCCCGAGGAUGAGGAGGAGGAUCCCCAGCUGCCACCGCAGGGCCGGGAGGCAGAGGGCACAGAAGAGGACAGGAGGGGCAAGCUGCGGCCAGCCAAGGCCAAGGGCGACCGGAAGAAGAAGAGCCCCCUGCACCCUCACCACCCACUCCUACCCGAGCUGCCACCACCCCUGCCCCCCCAGUUCCCCGGUGAGGAGGUGCCACCGCCCCCACUGGAGCCCCCAGUGCUGACCCCCGGCCCUGAAGUCACUGAGGAGAGCCCCUUGCCACCGCCCCUCAAUGUCAUGCCCCCCGAGGCACCUGGCGAGGAGCUGGAGCCCAAGCCCCGCCCCAUCAUCCCCAUGUUGUAUGUGGUGCCCUGGGCCAGCCAAGCCACGUGUGAGAAGGGCCGAGUGUCCUGCCAGCAGGCGUCUGAGCACUUUCCCCAGAAGGGCCCCACCUGGAAGGAGCAGCUAGCCCCCAUGGAGCUGACGGAGCCUGAGGAGGACAGUGGAGCCGGCGAAGUGCAGGCUCAGUCAACGUUCUCCAAGUUGAAGAUGGAGAUCAAGAAGAGCCGGCGCCACCCUCUGGGCAAGCCGCCCACCCGUUCCCCUCUGUCAGUGGUCAAGCAGGAGGCAUCCAGUGAUGAGGAAGCCUUCCCUUUCUCCGGGGAGGAGGACAUGAGUGACCCCGAGGCCUUGAGGUCCCUGCUGUCCCUGCAGUGGAAGAACAAGGCUGCCAGCUUCCAGGCUGAGAGGAAGUUCAACGCGGUGGCUGCCCUCACCGAGCCCUACUGCGCCAUCUGCACCCUCUUCUACCCGUACAGCCAGGUGGCCCCAUACUGGGCUCUCCACUGGAGGCACCCCCCUCUACAGUCCCUACAGAUGGAGAAGGAGGCCUCACAGGCCUCCCUCGGGGAGGGCCCCUCCAUACCACCUUCCACAUGCGGCCAGAAGACGCGGCCGCUCAUCCCUGAGAUGUGCUUCACCUCCAGCGCCGAGAACACAGAGCCACUCCCCGCAAACUCCUACAUCGGUGAUGAUGGGACCAGCUUGCUGAUCGCCUGUGCCAAGUGCUGCCUGCAGGUCCAUGCCAGUUGCUACGGCAUCCGCCCGGAGCUGGUCAACGAAGGCUGGACGUGUUCCCGGUGCACGGCCCACGCCUGGACUGCGGAGUGCUGCCUGUGCAACCUCCGGGGAGGAGCUUUGCAGAUGACAACAGACAAGAGAUGGGUCCAUGUGAUCUGCGCCAUCGCAGUCCCUGAAGUUCGGUUUCUGAACGUGAUGGAGCGCCAUCCUGUGGACAUCAGCGCCAUCCCUGAGCAGCGGUGGAAGCUGAAAUGCGUGUACUGCCGGAAGCGGAUGAAGAAGGUGUCUGGGGCCUGUGUCCAGUGCUCCUGCGAGCACUGCUCCACUUCCUUCCACGUGACCUGCGCCCACGCCGCAGGGGUCCUCAUGGAGCCAGAUGACUGGCCCUACGUCGUCUCCAUCACCUGCUUCAAGCACAAGUCGGGCAGCCACACCGUGAGUGCCCAGCCCUUCUGCCCCCUCCCAUUGCCCACCCACAGCCCGAGCGCUGACGCGGCCCUCUCCCCUCCGCCCCAGGUCCAGUUCCUGAGAGCUGUGUCCUUAGGCCAGGUGGUCAUCACCAAGAACCGCAACGGGCUUUACUACCGGUGCCGUGUUAUCGGCUCCACCACGCAGACCUUCUAUGAAGUGAACUUUGAUGACGGGUCCUACAGUGACAACCUGUACCCGGAGAGCAUCACUAGUCGAGACUGUGUCCGGCUGGGACCCCCACCCGAGGGGGAGUUUGUUGAACUCCGGUGGACUGAUGGAAACAUCUACAAGGCCAAGUUCAUUUCCUCUGUGACCAGUCACAUCUAUCAGGUGGAGUUUGAGGACGGGUCCCAGCUGACAGUGAAGCGUGGCGACAUCUUCACCCUGGAUGAGGAGCUGCCCAAGAGGGUCCGGUCACGGCUGUCAGUCAGCACCGGGGCGCCGCAGGAAAGCGCCUUCCCUGGAGAGGAGGUGAAGGCCGCCAAGCGCCCGCGAGUGGGCACUGCGCGUGCCGCUGAGGACUCGGGGCGGAACCCAGACUACCUGGCCUUCAUGGAGAGCCUUCUGCAGGCCCAGUGCCGGCCCAGAGCCCCCUUCUAGGACAGCCAGCCAGCGCCCAGCCACCCCUCGGCCCAGCAAAGCAGGCGGCAGCGGGCCCGGGCAUCUGCUUGCUGUGAAUUCCUGUCCUCGCCUCCCCGCCCCGAGAGGCUACCUCCAUGCUCUGCGGGGACAGGAGCAAGCAGGAUGCUGCAGGGCCCAGACUCAGGGAGUGGGGCCAUGCCGGCUCCGGGGGCAUCGGCUGGGGCUCGCGCCACCCCUACUACUCAGAUUCGUAAACCACGUAAAGCUCUUCUUCUCGAAAAGGUGCUACUGCGUUGCCUGCCUCCUGAGCAGCCUUUGAGAUUGUGACUCCUGUACAUAAAUCUCCUUUGUGAGGCUCUUUCUAUAAAUACUUAUUGUUUAAAAAACUCAAGAAAAAAGGAAAACAAAGAAGAGGAAAAAAGUCCCUAAAGUUGUUUUGUAGAUUUGUGGCUUUAAAAACAAAACAAAAAAUAUUCUUUUUAUUAGAACCAAGACGUGCUGAGGGAGACAAAAGCAUCUCAUUUUUUUGUUUGUUGUUAUUUUAAGAUCUUACUCCUCUGUGAGCAGGCAGGGAAGUGCGGUGAGGCCUGGAGGGGGGAUGACACCCAGCGACAGGCCAUGCCCUGUCACUCUGCUCUCUCCCUGACUUUGUGAAGGUCUGUCUGCGCAGCUGGCCACAGUGCCAGCCCCUCUCUGGCCAGGCAGGAGGAGGGACAGGAGGAGGUUGGAGGACCUUUUAGUGGCCAAGUGCUGGCCACGGUGUCUAGGAGCCUCCCUCCUGUCUGAGCACCUUUGCAAAUAAACAAUCUCUUCUGGUUUGUUCCAUCUUUUGCUUCUUCCCCCAUGAGAACCAUUCCACAGUGAGGCCUGCAGUAUGCGAGGGGGCUCUGUGCCGACGGAAUGCCCCUGGUGCCACCCAGGAGUCCCUCAGCCUGCUCAGGGGAGGGAGCCCUAGUGUGGGUGGCCUGCAGCGGAGCAGAUGGGCGCCCGGCUUCCGGGGAGGGAGGACACUGAGCCGAAUCAGGCCUCCAGGUGGCCCAAGUCCAGCCUGUGUCCCCAGGCUCCUGGUGCCCCUGCUUUGGCUGCAGCCCUACAUGGGGAAGGGGCAUGGGGAGGGCUUCCUGAGACCCCGAGGGGCUGGCAGCGUCCUCUGUCCUUUCUGUGACCCGUGUGUCUGGGAGAGUGAGCAAGAGAGGGAGAGGGCAUCGCUGCUUCAGUGUGAAGGAAUCCGCCCCUGACGAGUGGUGGGUGGACUUAGGAGAGAAACACUUUCCCGCGAGCUCGGGAAGGGCUCCGCGCUCUCCAUCCCUGCCGUGCCCUCUCCCUGCAGGACUGACAGCGUCAUUUACGUGUAUACAUUUUUUUUAAUUAAAAAAAAAAGUGUUCUAACGCUUACCAGGCCAGAGAAAACUAUUUAAGGAAAAUGGAGAGUAUGUAAAUGAGCCAAGAACCUUUCAUUCCCUUGGUGGGGGGAGGAGGGCAGUUGUCCGUGUGGGCGGGGGCGGGAGGGACUGAGGGGAGUCAGCCGAGAUGUGGGGGUCUCCCUCUGCAUGCAGCAGCCCCGCCUGGUGGCGCCAUCUCUGUAUUCAUAUGUAGUUUGAAAAUGCUAUUUAUAUUGUAAAGAAAAUAAAAAGAAGCAGGCAGACACUCUGUGGCCCAUGGGGUCCUGGGGGUCUGAGGGAGAGCCAGCCCCGUGGCGGGGUCUCUGGGUCGCGCCCCUGUCAUGGGUUCCGGGAUGACUUGUGCAGACAGGUCGCCGCACAGCAAAGAGAAACACAUUUCCCCACAAAGAUAUAUGUCUAUGUGCAAAAACAGAAACCCCACCCACCCUCAUUUUUUUCCGACCCAGGAUUAAGGAUGUGCUGUAUUUUUUGCCUAAUUUCCCUGCCUCUAGGUUCAUAAUGAAUUAAAGGCUCAUGAGCACUGCGAUUACA